GGCUACAUUAGCACCUCCUUCCUCCACGGACAAGGCACUAACUAUGGCAACAGGGUUGGGCCCCACACACUGGGAACGAUGCACUUCCACCACAUGCAUUACAAGGUGGACCUCGAUGUCGAUGGGCAGCCAAACUUCCUGGAGACCCAGGACAUGGAGUAUGAGAUUAUCAAAGAUCCCUGGAGCACGCAGAACACCAUCGAGCGUCCGUACCUUCGCAGGAAAAGGCUGGAGAGGGAGGAUGAGGCAGCAUUCCUGCUCAAUGCCCCCAUGCCCCGCUACCUCUCCUUUGCCAGCCCCAAUCCCAACAAGUGGGGGCACCCACGCAGCUACCGGAUCCAGAUCAUCAGCUUUGCUGGGAAGCACCUGCCCAUCAACAGCUCCAUGGAGCGGUCUGUCAGCUGGGGCAGGUACCAGCUGGCUGUCACCCGGCGGAAGGAGGAGGAGUCCACCAGCACCAGCACCUACAACCAGAAUGACCCCUGGACACCCACCGUUGCCUUCGCCGACUUCAUCAACAAUGAGACCAUCACCAACGAGGACCUGGUCGCCUGGAUCUCCGUGGGGUUCCUGCACGUCCCCCAUGCUGAAGAUGUCCCCAACACGGUGGCCGUGGGGAACAGUGUUGGCUUUUUCCUGAGGCCCUACAACUACUUCAACGAGGACCCCUCAGUGGACUCACGUGGCAGUGUGUACUUCAGCAGUGAGCAGGACACCAGGGCAUGCGGGGCCAACCCCCUCGCCUGCCUGCCCACCACUGCUGCAUGUGCCCCCCACCUUCCUCCCUUCCACUUUGGGGGCUUCCUCAACGUCAGCCUGGCACCUCCAUUUGGUGGGGUGUGACGGGCCAGGGCCUGCUGCCCCCUCCCCACCCAUGUGGGCAUCGGGCAGGUGCAUUGGAGGGGCUCUGUCACCACCCCAGGACCUGCCCUCCCCCUGCCCAGGGUGUCAUGUGCUCAGGGUCGGUUUUUGAAGGUGCUCAGCUGUCAUUUCAGCACUGCAGUGCUGCUAAAGGUGCAACCAAAACCUCUGAAAAACA